AUGGCGGAGGAGCAAGCGUGCCUUGUGCGCGCGCGGUCUGACUCUGAAAGCUCUUCUAAACUUGGCAGCUUUGGGUCCAUAUCACGCACAAUGACUUACACGGAAGAUAGACUUACAGGAACAGAAGGCGCUGGGGAGCCCGGAAAUGUAGCUAACACAACAGUCAACCCACCAGAACAAAUCCCAGAUGGCAACGAAAGUGGAGAGCUGUUAGACUAUAACGACUCUAGUGUACUAGAGCAGUUUCACGAAGAUGCCCUGCGCCAGGCUGGCUGUGGUCUGUCUCAAGCCCGUGUGCUACUUGCUGUGACCCUCGCUAUUGCAGGGUCGUCUCUAGAAUUGUCCGCCAUACCUUUCGUAUUGCCGUCUGCAGAGAUUGAGCUCUGUAUAUUGCCGCAUGAGAAGAAUUGGCUCGUGUUGAUAAGUCUGGUGGGCGGGUCGCUGGGCGCAGUGGGAUGGGGUGCGUUGGGAGAACGCUUGGGUCGCCGUCGCACGCUGUUGUCUUGUCUCGCCGUCAACGCAGUUUUCGCCGCCAUUGCCGCUUUCAUGCCAACCUAUGGCACAUUCAUGAUGGCCAGGUUCUGCUCGGCGAUCGGGUCCGGCGGCACGGUGGCCGUUGGCUACACGUACUGCGGCGAGUGGUUCGGGCGCGCGCAGCGGCGGCGCGCACUGGCGCUGCCGGCCGCCGGCAUGGGCGCGGGCGCGCUGCUCGCCGCCGCGCUCGCGCACGCCGCGCUGCCCGACACCGGCGCCGCCGCGCUCAAGGAGAACAAGGAGCACUUCAGCGCCUGGCACAGGUACCUCCUCCUGUGCACUUUACCAAUAAUAGCUUCUUUAAUAAGCCUGAUUUGGACACAAGAAUCGCCGCGAUACUUACUGGACGUGGGACGAGAGGUUGAUGCCAUGAUGGUGUAUCAGAAUAUUCAUAGCAGCAAUCAAAUCCGUAUCUGCGGUAAAGCGAACGUUGCUGCUGCCGGCGGAGACUCUGAGUACAGAUUGGGAGAAUUGUCGCUUCCUGGAAAACGUCGGCCUCCCGCACUUCAUCAUGUCCGUCAUAGCGUCAAAAUGUUCUGGCAAGCAUUCUUUCAACUUUUCUCAAGUCCAUACCGAAGUACAACGAUCUCUCUUGGUGGAAUAUUACUUUUUAGUAUGGCUAUACAGUAUUACCUAUCGUCAUACGUUCCGGCAAUGGUGUUAAAAACUGACAGUGAAGAAUUCGAAGCAUCCAAGCGUUUAGUCGUAAAUGAAUCCUUCGUAAACGAACACUACAACGAGACGCUCGAGAACGUGGAGUACGUGGAGGUCGCGUUCCGGGACUGCACCUUCCGCGACAUGAUUAUAUCGCACGUCGAGUUCGACAACUGUACCUUCACUAACGUCUCCUUCUCUAACAUCAUGUCUUCCUACACCACCUUCAAGGAGUGUAACUUCGUUAAUAGCACUAUAAUCGACACGGACAUGGAGGUGGGGCGCGAGCUGCGCGCGUGCGCGCUGGCGGGCAGCGUGGUGCGCGGCAUGCGCGGCGGCUGCGCGCGGCGCGCCGACCUGCGCUCGCGCCUGGCGCCGCUGCGCCGCGAGCAGGCGCACGCCGCGCGCGCCGCGCUGCUGGCCGCCGCCGCCGCGCUGCUGCCCUACCCGCGCCGCCUGCGCAUCCGCCCCGCCGUUUUCCUAUGUGCGGCGUGUAUAUUACUAUCACCAACUCUCUAUGUGGCGCAAGAUGAGACAACGCUGUAUAUUGUAGAAGCAGCGUUCAGAUUUUUUCUGACUCUCAUAUUUUAUAAUGUAGGACUCGAUGUCGUGGAUUCAUAUCCCGCAAACUUAAGAUGCACUGCCCACGGUCUAAUACUCUCCGUGGCUUAUAUGGGAGGAGCUGUAGUCAAAGGAAUGGGUGAACUUGGUGUCAUCCUUAGUUGCGUUCUCUGUGGUCUGUUUGCCAUAGCCGCGAAUGCAUUAUCCCUGUAUAAACGGUAG